ACAAUCGAUCAUAAUCGCGAGAUUUUUGUGGAUGCUGUUCUGCUGCUCAACUUUAUUAAUAUUAUAAUUAAGCUAAGAUUAGCAAGUAAAGAUGAGUCAUCAACUUUAUAGAAACACUGCCCUUGGAAACAGCUUGCAAGAAAGCCUAGAUGAAUUAAUUCAGGCAAGACUUAUCACACCACAGCUUGCUCUGACUGUACUUCUCAAGUUUGACCGUGCCAUCAAUGAUGCACUGGCUAAUAGGCUAAAAAACAAAAUCAGUUUCAAGGGUCAUCUGAAUACAUACAGAUUCUGUGACAAUGUUUGGACAUUUGUUCUCAACGACGUGGAUUUCCGUAAUGGUGAUUUUGUGACGGUUGACAAAGUCAAAAUUGUGGCUGUGGACGGCAAGAUAUCGGCGGCAGCGGACUGACAUCCAAUGAAACUAUGAAUUAUCUUAAAGAGACCAUUAAGGCUUAAGGCAUCUAUUUCUUGGAAAAAUUGAUGGCUGGCUAGGCUGUUGGAGGACCUAAUGACUGGCAAAUCCUGGCAAUACACGAAGCUUGAAUCUGUCCAUCCUGUUAUAUACUUGAAUCUUAAAAAGUGAGAGAAUGUUAAGAUUCUUCUAGAUUUUUUGAGACUUCAACGUCUGACAUUUUUUAAAAUUCUUAUGUUGAGUCAGUACAAUGCAAGUCUAGAGCUUAUGUUAAGAAGCUGCAACUACUAUAAAACUCUCCACCUCUUUUCUGUUAACCUUGUCAAAACUCAAUUUCUCAAAGCGACAUUUAUUUAUGUAAAUAUAGUGUAUGCAUCAAUAUGCAUAUGAUAUUUGUUGAUUUUUUUCAAAUUAAACCAAGUGUAUGUUGUUUAUGCUGGCUAAUAUCAGGUUGAGAGGUCAAAUGAUUUUAUGCAGUCCAUUCAGAUCUGACUGCCUACCAAAUUCUUUUCUCAUUUUAACUAUUGUGAAGAACCCAGUGACCCAGAAAUAGGAUGGAGGGUGUUUUACUGUGAAGUCUGACAAACAAGCAAAAUAAUGAACAUACAAUGUUUACUAUGACUUGUGUUCAUUGUAAGAACGCACUUAAAACAUGAAAACUCUGCAAAGAUGAAUCUUUGAUAUGCUUACAAUUGAUAUACAUCUGUUUUGGUGCAUGUAUAUUGUUGAGUAGAUGUGCCUGUUGCACUUUCCGCUUGUAUAAUACAUUACAUGUAUACUGUUUGUAAAUCCUGAUAUUUUUCUUGUACAAAAUUGUAUAUCUAUUGAAAAAAAAUUAAGAACCAUGAAAAUUAAGGUCAUUUUCAGUUAAUUUAUUUCAGUGACUGCGACCACUUGCGACCUUUUGAUCGCACGACAGGCCGUAACAUGCAUCAAUGACAAUUGCUAUUUAUCUCACAAAACAACUAGGCUUCCAUGAAAGUUGACGUGAUUCAAUGCGAUCGCUUGUACGAUUGAAUGAAACCAAUGCAACUGGUCGCACUGGCUGUACGAUCUUAUGCGGGUGAAUUGAUUAUUUUAAUCGUGUUUGGAUUUUGAACAUGUUCAAAUUUGGGAUGCAACCAGUCACGACCACCUCAGGUUCGUGCGAUCACCUACGAUGACUGCGAGUGCUCGCAAGACACCAAGCGAUGGAUCGUGCAACACCAAGAAAAAACUGAUAGAGGAUCAAUUGUGAAAGGGUCUUUAGUCAUAUCCUGUAUCAUGAAAGGCGUGCUGCCAAAGGUGUCAUCAAUACGAUGACUGGUACAAGACAUGCGCAUUGGUACUUAUCACAGCAUUAAUUAAUCCAAGGCCAUGUCAUUGUAUAAUGCCUGAUUGCUUGGCCCCACUCAAUACUACAUGUACACUCUUGAAAAUGUUGGGCAACAUAAAGUCCACACAACAAUUGGUUAAAACUUUAUCCAAUUCUGGAUAGUUUCCAACCAAUAAUGUGUGCUUUGGUUGAAAGCUACACAGUAAUGGUUGAAAACUACCCUUAGUUGGAUAUUUUUUUUUAACCAAUUGUUGUGUGGACAGUAUGUUGCCCAACAUUUUUUAUUUUCCAAAUUUGUACUUAGAAAUGUGCUCUGUGAAAAAGUGGCCUUGCUUGAAACUAAAAAUAUUGAUAUUAAAUAUUAUUAUUAUCUUUGUGAAACACAUCCUUGUCAUCAGAUAGGCUGAAUAUUGCAAUGAGUAUCCAUCAGAACAUAUGAGUGGCGAAAGGCUCAAACAACAGGCACCAAGUAUUGGUAAACAAGACUUAUGACACCUUAAUGCUUUCUUCGUGAAAUUCCAAGAUUGGGCACUGAUAAGUAAUUAAUACUCUAAAGCUCAGUGCACACUAAUUGCGAUCCAAUACAACAUAAUUUUUAAUAAAUCACACUUUGAAUUUAAAAUGAAAGUUCCAAGAAUUAAAAAUGAUUUUAUUUGAAGUUCGGCAUGUUAGGAAUAAUAAAAUCAUAAUUUCAAUUUGCGGGAAGCCCUGUGGUCUGAGGAAAAUCCAAAUCAGGCAGCUUCAAGUCGCAGCCGAUGAUUACAUCAUUACGAUUUGGAAUUGAAUUUUCUUUUAAUCCUACAGGGAGGCUCGAACUAGACUCAAGUUUGAUUUCAGUAGUCCUACCACUGUUCUGAAGUCUGAUUGCUAAAAUUUUAUUGUUUGGAAUGUUCAUAUCAAAUGUUAUUACGAUUUCUUUGAAAUUUGGAUCGCAUAUUGUGCAUUGGGCUUAAGGACUACAUCUAACUCCACAUGUCAUUGUUUUUCAUUUCUCAAUGGAGUGUCAAUAAGAGCCGCAUGAUAUUGUGCAUUUGGGUAUCUAAUCACAAGCUGUAAAAACCAUGUUAUGGUGAUACACCAUGCCCAAUGAAUAAAUGUCAAACUCUAAAUCCA